AAAAUUAAAAUGAAACUUAGUUAAUGUAUCUACAUGAGCAUUUCAAUUAUAUGAAUUUUCACUAAACUAGAUUAAAUGUAAUAAAACAAAUGAAGGCCAUAACACAGACUUAUAAUAAUGUCUCUUCUUCAUUGCGUAACAUUAAUAUGACAAACCAUUCCCAGAUAAUCAAGUUGGGAACAAUCUUUGAUACCUACACUGCCAACAACUUAUUAGGGUCCUAUAUAAAGACCAGAGAUUUACCAAUUGCACUCAAGCUGUUCGACGAAAUUCCUCAAAGAGACGCCGUUUCUUGGAACUCGUUAAUCGCUGGUUACGUCAACAAUGGGGACCUUACGAGUGCAUGGGAGGUCUUAGUACGUAUGAAACGUUGUGGGUUUUGCUUUGAUGGGUACACAUUUGGUAGUAUACUAAAGGGUGUUGCUUCUAAUGAGUGUAUCUUUGCUGGUGAGCAAGUGCAUUCGUAUAUCGUUAAGACUGGGUAUGAGGAAAAUGUGUACUCGGGGAGUGCUCUUUUGGACAUGUAUGCUAAAUUUGGGAGAAUGGUGGAUGCACGUAAGUGUUUUGAUUGUAUGGAUGAGCGGAAUUCUGUGUCGUGGAAUGCUUUGAUUUCUGGGUAUGUUGAGAUUGGCGACCGUGUUAAUUGUUUAUGGUUGUUUAAGUGUAUGCAUAGAGAAGGUGUGACACUUGAUGAUGGUACAUUUUCUCCUCUUAUGACGUUGUUUGAUGCGCCUGAAUUGUAUAAAUUAACAAUGCAAGCUCAUUGCGCGAUCAUAAAACAUGGGGUGUUAUCUGAUACCUCUGUACUAAACGCCACAAUCAGUGCGUACUCUGACUGCGGGUCACUUGAAGAUGCCAGGGGGGUUUUCGAUGGUGGAGUUGGUGAGUGGGACAUUGUCUCUUGGAAUGCAAUGCUGGCAGCUUGCUUAGAACAUGAUAAACGGGCUUUUGCAUUUAAUCUGUUCUUUGAGAUGCAGAUGUUGGGAUUUGAACCAGACAUUUAUACUUACACUAGCAUGAUAAGUUCUUGUUUUGAGGAAGAAAUUAGAAAUCAGGGUCAUUCUUUACAGGCAUUGGUAAUCAAAAAAGGAGUAGCUAAUUUGACGCCAAUCUCUAAUUCAUUGAUGGCUAUGUAUAGUGGAUCUAAUGGAAUCCAUAUGGAGUAUGCAUUAAAGAUAUUUGAAAACAUGGAAUUCAAAGACCAAGUUUCGUGGAACUCGAUGUUAACAGGACUCUCACAACAUGGUUUUAGCGAGAAUGCCUUGAAACUUUUUCAGAUAAUGCAAUCUGAGAACACAGGGAUGGAUUAUUAUGCCUUUUCUGCUAUCCUUAGAUCAUGUGCCGAUUUGGCAACCCUCCAGUUGGGUCAACAAGUUCACACUUUGGCACAAAAAUCAGGUUUUGUGUCUAAUGAAUUUGUGAGCAGUUCUUUAGUAGUUAUGUACUCUAAAUGUGGGAUCAUUGAGGAUGCUAGAAGAUCCUUUGAUACUUCCUAUAGGCAGAACGCUGUUAAUUGGAACUCAAUCAUGUUUGCAUAUGCACAGCAUGGCCAAGGUCAUGUUGCACUGGAUCUUUUCUCUCAAAUGAGAGAAAGUAAAGUGAAACUUGACCAUAUAACUUUUGUUGCAGUUCUAACAGCAUGCAGCCAUAUUGGUUUAGUUGAAGAAGGAUAUAACUUUUUAAAAUAUAUGCAAUCUGAUUAUGGAGUUUCACCUCGAAUGGAACAUUAUGCUUGUGUGGUUGACCUGCUUGGAAGGGCUGGAUGCCUUAAAGAAGCAAAAAAGUUAGUUAAAGAUAUGCCAUUAAAACCUAAUGCAAUGGUGUGGAAGACUCUAUUGGGGGCUUGUAGAUUAUGUGGUGAUGUUGAAUCAGCAAUGGAAGUGGCAAACUUUUUAUUGGAAACGGAACCUUAUGAACACUGCACUUAUGUUCUUUUAUGUGACUUGUAUGGACAUCUCAGGCGGUGGGAUGAAAUUGCUGUUUUAAAGAGAACGAUGAAAGAGAAGGGGGUCAAGAAAGUACCAGGUUGGAGCUGGAUAGAGGUCCACAACCAGCUGCAUGCCUUUAGUGCUGAUGGCCAUUCCCAUGCAAGAAACCAAGAGAUAGACCAAAUGCUGAGAAAUUUAACAGACGAUAUUGCAAAUUUGGAAAUUUCCUAUGAUUUUAAAACUUUUUUGGAUGAUUGGGAUUGAGUACUAAAGAUUCGGUUACCGUGUGCUUCAAGAUGAAGAUUCAUAUUCUACAGUUCACUACUAGUGUUUUCUAGAUCUUCAUCAGGUCAUUGACCUGUGAAAUGUCAAUUGGUGGAGUGUUAUGGGCUGUAUUAAGAUAUAGGAUGCAUCUAGCAGCAGCACUACAUCAACCUUUCCGGUUAGAGGAUAUGGGCAAAUAUGUGAAAGAGGAUCAAGGCAAGCUUAAAUAUUUUAAUGCUUAUGAAUUCAAGUAGUGAUGGUAACCAUCACUUGGUGGUUAAGUUGAUUCAUGAUGGGCAUAAAAUAUGCAUAAAACUUGAUAGUGGAUGCAGUUUAUUGGAGAUUAAGGGGUUGGCACUGCCUUCCACCAUUAGGUUGAGUUUGUUUUGAUAUGUACUUCUUGGAGAUCCGUAUAUAAACAUAUAUUUUAUAUAAUUUGAUAAGAAUUAAGCCACUAUUAUCUGACUAAACUAUAGUUUAUAGCAAUAUUAAAACCAGUGGUGAUACAAUUUAUAUGCAUUUUUAGCCUUCUAAG